AGCUCGUCGGACCUCAUAGAAUUACCCAACUUCCUAGUAACCACCUUUCUGGCUGGCAAGAGAAGAAGAAACUUGCUAGACAACGCGGUUUGUUUACUUGAUAAGGACGAUGCGCAUCUCCGCAGCGGUCCUCCCUAUCCUCUCCCUGGCCGCGCGCGGCAGCGCCCAGGAGAAGGCCACGUUCGACCCGUAUUAUCCGUCGCCGUGGGGCACGGGCGGCCCCGGCUGGGACGAGGCGUACGAGAAGGCGCGCGAGUUCGUCAGCGGGCUCACGCUGCUCGAGAAGGUCAACCUGACGACCGGGACCGGAAACCAGGCCGAUCUGUGCACGGGGAAUACCGGGUCGGUGCCGAGGAUCGGGUUCAGGCAUCUAUGUUUGCAAGAUGGGCCGGUGGGGGUUCGGUAUACCGAUCUCAACUCUGUCUUCCCGGCGGGUAUUAGCGCAGCGGCCACUUGGUCGCGAUCCUUACUUCGUAAAAGGGGCCAGGCGCUGGGUGAGGAGUUUGGAGGGAAAGGGAUUGACGUACACCUCGGCCCCGUCGUCGGGCCCCUAGGCCGGGACCCGCGCGGCGGGCGCAACUUCGAAGCCUUCGGGCCGGACCCGUACCUGUCGGGGGUCGCGGUGGCGGAGACGAUCCUCGGGACCCAGGAGGCGGGCGUGGUGGCGAGCGUCAAGCACUACGUGCUCAACGAGCAGGAGCACUUCCGCAGCGGCAUCAGCUCGAACCUCGACGACAAGACCAUGCACGAGGUGUACCUGUGGCCGUUCGCCGACGCCGUCCGCGCCGGCGUCGGCAGCGUCAUGUGCUCGUACAACAAGGUCAACAACAGCUACGCGUGCGAGAACUCGUACGUGCUGAACAAGCUGCUGAAGAGCGAGUUGGGGUUUCAGGGGUUUGUGGUUUCCGAUUGGGCCGCCCAACACAGCGGCGUUGGGAGCGCGCUCGCUGGCUUGGAUAUGACGAUGCCCGGCGAGGGUCUCGGGGCCGAGGGAUACUCGACGUACUGGGGAGGCGCAUUGACCGAAGCCGUGCUCAGACUCGACAUUCCGCAGUGGCGGCUCGAUGAUAUGGCCAUUCGGAUCAUGGCCGCCUUCUACAAGGUUGGCCGGGACACGAAGCAGAUCGACAUCAACUACUCUUCCUGGACUCUCGAGACCGAGGGCCCGCGGUACUGGGUGGCGAAGAUGGGGAAUACGACUAUUAAUCAACAUGUGGAUGUGCAGGGGAAGCACGGCGAGUUGAUCCGCGAGGUGGGCGCGAAGGCGACGGUUUUGCUGAAGAAUGUUGAUAAAGCUCUGCCCUUAGUCAAGGAGAGCGUCAUUGCGGUUAUUGGCGAGGAUGCGCAGGAUAAUCCGGACGGGCCUAACGGCUGCGUUGAUCGUAUUUGUAACAACGGAACACUCGCGAUGGGGUGGGGUUCGGCGACGGCGGAGUAUCCCUAUUUAAUCUCACCGGCCACAGCCCUCGAGAAGCAAGCAGCGGAAGAUGGCACGGAAUUCAUCAAUGUUAAGGGUAACUUUGACCUCGAACUCGCCAAGUCGGCUGCAAGGAACGCGUCGGUUGCUAUUGUAUUCGCUAACGCAGAUGCGGGAGAAGGAUACACGACGCUCGAUGGCAACCUCGGGGACCGUAAUAACCUGACGCUCUGGAAAGGCGGUGAUGAACUGAUCGAGGCUGUCGCGUCCGAGAAUCCUAACACCGUUGUUGUUAUACACAGCGUCGGGCCGGUCCUGAUCGACCAUAUCAAGACGAACCCGAACGUCAGUGCGAUCUUGUGGGCCGGACUUCCGGGGCAAGAGUCGGGCAACUCACUUGUAGAUGUGCUGUAUGGAAAAGUGAACCCGCAGGGCCGCACGCCGUUUACCUGGGGCAAAGACGCGAAAGACUGGGGCGUCGAGAUCCUGGUUAACUCGACAUCACCCGAACCGCAACAGGACUUUGCCGAAGGCGUGUUCAUCGACUACCGAUACUUCGAUCAACAAGAGAUCGAGCCUAGCUUCGAGUUCGGCUUCGGGCUUAGCUACACCAGCUUCAAUUACUCUGGCCUGACAACCGAGCUGCAGGAUGUAGGACCCUACAUGCCGGCGAGCGGAGAGACGCCGGCGGCUGGCAUGUACGGCUUUUUAGACAUGGAACCGAGUAACGCGGUGACACCGGAGGGCUUCGAAAAGAUACCACGAUUCAUAUACCCCUAUAUCAAUAACGCGACUCUACCCGAUUCCAACGUUGAUAUCCCCGAAAAUAGCCACAACAGGUCCGCUCAGCCGAUCUUGCCGGCAGGAGGUCCAUCAGGCGGGAAUCCGGAGCUAUACAAGGUUCUUUACGUGAUUAGCGCAGAUAUCACUAAUACAGGGGAAUUAGCUGGGGCUGAGAUCCCGCAGCUUUACCUCUCGCACGGUGGACCGACCGAACCGAAGGCCGUGCUACGUGGGUUCGACGAGAUAUUCCUCGAGCCCGGAGAGACGAAGACGGUGGUGUUCAAUGUGACGUAUCGCGAUCUGAGCAACUGGGAUACCGAGGCUCAGGACUGGCGUGUUACCGAAUACCCUAAAACGGCGUACGUCGGAGCGAGUUCGAGGGACUUCAGGUUGGAAGCAGAGUUACCUGUCACGAGGCGGAACUAAGAGGCUAGGGAAGAACGACGUUGUUGCGCGAAGAGCUCUAACUAACCCCUUCCAGGGAACGCGGUAUACAUACAUAAACCUUCCUUUGUCUAUAGCUAAAGGCUAGCUGCCAACAGGGCGGCCUCGUACAGGCCGACUCCCGA